AUGCCCCCCCACGGUGUUGGGGAUGAAUCAGGGCGCGCGGCGGUGGGGCGGGGGCUGCAGCGGGCAGGGCGGCUGCGCGAGCUGGUGAACACAUUCUUUAGUUUCCUGAGGCGCAAAACUGAUUUCUUCACUGGCGGAGAAGAUGGAGUAGCAGAAAAGCUGAUCACAGAUACCUUUAACCAUCACAACAAGCUAGCUCAGAAGGAGCGGAAGGAAAAAAAGGCUCGUCAAGAGGCAGAAUUGCGUGAAAAGGCAGACAGAGCUGCCAAGCUCGCUAAGGAAGCAAAGCAGGAAGCUAAUGAGCCCAGGAUUAAGGAGCUUACGGACGAGGAAGCGGAAAGGCUGCAGCUAGAAAUCGCUCAGAAAAAAGAGGCAAAAGGAGAGAUAAACAGUGGCUUAGUGAAAUCCACGGAUGGUGAAGGUGAAUCUUCAGAUUCCAACAGACAGGAUUCAGAGGACGAGGAGGAAGAUGAGAAGGAUAAAGGAAAAAUUAAACCCAAUUCUGGUAAUGGAGCUGACCUUCCAAAUUACAGAUGGACACAGACCCUUUCAGAACUUGAUCUGGCCAUCCCUUUCAAGGUGAACUUCAGGUUGAAGGGGAAGGAUGUGAUCGUGGACAUCCAGAGACGACGCCUUAAAGUCAGCCUGAAGGGCCACCCGCCUGUCAUUGAUGGAGAGCUUUUCAAUGAAGUGAAGGUGGAGGAGAGCUCCUGGUUGAUAGAAGAUGGCAAAACAGUCACCGUGCACCUGGAAAAGAUCAACAAGAUGGAAUGGUGGAACAAACUAGUCUCCACAGAUCCAGAAAUCAACACCAAGAAAAUAAACCCAGAGAACUCAAAGUUGUCAGACCUGGACAGCGAGACUCGCAGUAUGGUGGAGAAGAUGAUGUAUGAUCAGCGGCAGAAAUCCAUGGGCCUCCCCACAUCCGAUGAACAGAAGAAGCAAGACAUUUUGAAAAAGUUCAUGGAACAGCAUCCAGAAAUGGACUUUUCAAAGGCUAAAUUCAACUGAGGCCUCCCUUUCUCCCCCCGCCCCUUUCAGUCAGCCCAUCGAAUGGGGCAGGAUGUGUAGGGCAGGAUACGUAGGGAUCCCUUACCUUGGGCGAGUAAACACUUCCAGCAUCCCCACCCAAGCUUGCCACAGAGGCAGCUUGGUGAUGUUGUUCUCUCUUGUCCCGUGUUGAGCAGAGCGCAAGGCCACAGAGUCGGCCUGUAGCAGCGCAUCAGUCAGAGCCGU